GAUAAUAGCUCACCCCCUACUGCUGCUGAAAGCCGCAGUGUAAUUUCGACUUUGAGCCAUAAAUGUACAUCUAAAGAUUUUUCUAUUCUUUGACGUAUCAGUGUUUUACCUACAUCCCGCGUCGCUACCCUAAUCCUCUUAUCUGAUGUCUAAUAUUUUUGCUAGUCAAGGCAUAAUAUAAGUAUAUCAGUGAGAACCCUUUGCAAAAUUUGUAGACGUGAUUUAACAACGGAACCAUGUUAUUCUCAAUUUUAAUUGUUAAGUUUACUUUACUAUCUGUAGCUUUUGCAUUAUUACCUGGAUGUAUCCAACCGGAAUUGGAAUGUCCCAAUGAAAAUAUAACCUUUUGGUUGUACACUAGAGCAAACCAAGACAAGCCACAUCAGCUGACAGUGUCAGAUCCGGAGUCGAUCAAGUCUGCGCCGUGGGUCAAAGACGCACCCGUCAAGAUCCUCAUACAUGGAUACACGGGCUAUAAGGAUUUCUCACCCAGCAUUGAAAUAAGGCCAGCGUAUAUGGAAUGUUGCGACUACAACAUAAUAUCGGUCGACUACAACCCGAUAGCCAAAGAACCUUGCUAUGUGGAGGCGGCCCAUAACACGGAACUCGUCGGUAUGUGCACCGCCCAGCUGGUUGACGAGUUGGUACAGAACUAUGGCAUACCACUGAACCUGAUACACCCCAUAGGAUUCAGUCUUGGUGGACAAAUUGUUGGGUUCAUCGCCAACUAUCUGAAAUCUGGGCAGUUUGAGAGGAUUACAGCUCUAGACCCGGCCAUGCCUCUGUUUGUGACAGCAUCACUAGACAAGAAAGUGGACGCUAGUGACGCCAAGUUUGUGGACGUUCUCCAUACAAAUGCGUUGGAGAAAGGCAAGCUGGAACCUUCUGGAACCGUCGACUUCUUUGCUAAUGGUGGUAUCUCGCAACCGGGGUGUGCUACGCAAAGUAAUCAGACCAAAUCGGGUUGCGACCACUCGCGAGCCCCAGCGUACUAUGCGGAGUCUAUAACCACCAACGUCGGCUUCUACUCCACCAAGUGCUACUCUUGGGUUACCUACAUGGUGGGCUGGUGCGAGCUGGUGGGCUCCAGCGACGAGAUCCUCUUCGGGGAAUACGUACCGCAGAAUGCGUCAGGAUUGUAUUUCUUCAGCACUAAUUCAAAAUCUCCGUACGCACGCGGCCACAGCAAGGCAUACAGCAGUGAUGAAGAACAAGGCGGUGAAGAAUAAAAUACUUCACCAUCGGUGAAGAAUUGAAGAAUUCAUCGAAAGUGUACAAUUUAAAAUGAAGAAAAAUUUUGGAAAUUUAUUUUUUUACUAUUACUAUUCUACUUCUCCAUAAAGAUGGACAAUGUGUUUUUCAUAAUAUAUACAGGGUGUUUGUGUAUCGUAACGAAUACCGAGGGGAAUGAUUCAGCUCUUCUGAGUUAAUAUCAAGUAGAAUUCGUUACUAUACACUUGUAAGUGGGUUGGAUGUACCCUGUGCGAGGUAGGCAAUUAGCCAUACGAGUACGUAUAGGUGUCA